GGAUUAAUGAGAGGGUAGGAAAGGAGGGGAAUUCACUUGGCUCUUAGGCUUUCUGAGACUCUGAUUUGGAGAAUCAAAGUAGUUGACAUCUCAAGGGCAGCGAUGGUGCCACCCUGAAUCACUCUCGUCUCUUGCAGUCAUUACAUACUGACCACACCGGCCUCUGCUCCCCCUCAUCUUCAGCGUGAGGGGCUGGGGUGUAAGGGGAAGGGCCGCACGGGACAGAGUGAACAGAGUGACUGAUGGGAGUGGGCAGCAGGCUUCACAUUCUAGACCCCAGCUGACCCUCUAGGUGCCCGACUAGAAUGCCGCUUUCUUAGAGAUAGAGGUGUGACUAGAACUCUCGGAAAUUUGGCAGGUUGUAUGUAAGGUUCUGGAGAUUGUUUUGUGCUUGUUUUAAGACAAAGGUGUCUCUGUGGCUUCUCUGAACUGCCUCCCUUCAUUUCUUUAGGAAUUUUCUUUGAUUUAUUUUAUUUGUUGUCUUGACACACUGAGAUCUUAGUCAUGGUUGUUCUCGACUUUGGCUUGUUGGUAGUUAGGAGGGUAUAAGAAGUUAUCCAGUACUUUUCUAAACUUAGUUGUGCCUCUUCCUCCUACGGAGAAGAGGAGCUUCCUCCUAAUUCUGGCUCCUCAGCUCCCCUGCUAAGAGACAAAGAGUGCCAGGGAGAACCGGGUAAGUUGAUGAACAUGUGGCAUGUGUUGGUGGUAGUGUGUAUGGAGGGCACAUGGACUACAACCCACUGGAAACAUGUACUAAGCCUUGAUUUGUGUGGGGCCUGGUAGUUACAGAGAUAGAUGUUCCUGUCCUUCAGGCUUUACGGUCCGGUAAGGGAGAAAGGUGGCCCAGACUCAUAUAGCAUAACCCAGGCCACCUGCGGGGUUCAGGGUAAGGUAAGCCUAGAUGGGGGAAUCUGAGCAGUCCAGGCAAUUUCUCUCCAGUAAGCAACCAUGUGCACCUCAUGGCUUCUUGACUAUUAGAAAUAAUCUUGCCAACACCAUCCAAGAGUCCAACCAUGGAAGAUAGAAUCUCAGAGACACCUAGUGAAAGUUCAGUAUUAAAAACUAGGUAGGAAAGACAAACUUCUUCAUUUCUGGAAGAGAGGAGGAAGAAAGUAAGUCUGAUACUUUAUUUGUAGGUACAACCACAUCUGGGAAGCACAACUCCUGGGAUUCUCCACCUAUGCCCAGCAGCUCCUGGCCACACAGACGCAAGUUCCAACUGGUGCCCUCCAGGCGAGGGAUCCCGCUGAUCUUGCCUCCAGCUCCCAUGUUCAGCUACUCCAUCACGACCAAAGAUUUUGAGCGGGAGACGCAAGCUCAGUCACAGUGGCUGAAGAGCAUCUUGGAGGAUAAGACUGGGUGCGGUCCCUUCCCCUCUGAGAAAGAACAGGAUCAGAAGCACAAGAAAGAUGUGACCUCACUGGCAGUCCAGCUCAGCAGUUUGCAGGCUGGACAGAAUCAAGAAACAUCUGGACCACAAGGUGAAAUGAUGGUGGUGUGAGAGGUGAGACAGAGGCUUCCUCCUAAAACCACAUACAAUAUGAAAAUAUAACUAAUACAACUAAUCCUGAAAGAGCAACCGGAAAUGGGACUGUGCUAAACUGCAUACACCUGGAGAAAAGAAUAAAUCUCACAGAACAGGGUAAUGUACCAAAGCCAUGGCCCAGCAGGAUGCAGGCCCUUCCCCCGCCCCAGCUCUCCAGCAGGAGGAAGAGAAAUAGAGCAGGGAAGGAGUGGAGGCCUGGGACUUCUGAACAUCUAACUCCAGAGAUCUGCUGUGGGAGCACAAACCUACAUUUCAUGGUGUUUUCAUGGUAAUCUUGUGAUUAGGGGGUUGGAAAGCUAAGACAGGCAGAAUUCCUGGAGAGACUGGGGUUCCAGCCACUUGUGGAAAGCAGGGAUCCAUAUCCGGUAGCUCUGGGACAAAAGAAAGGUGGGCAGUCUGAGAGACUUCCUAACAGCAGUAGGGCUGCUAAAGGGCCAAGGAUUGCACAGGCUUACUGCUCAGGAGAAAGGACAGGUAGACAAAAUUGUCCAGGUUCAUUCUGCCCAGCAGGUUGGGAACUUUCACAAUCUUCAGGAACUCCAGCUCCCUGGCUGGCUGCAGAGCUCCAAGGACCCCCUCAAUGAUAUGCAGCCUACUGCGCCUUUCUCCCAGGCAGCACCACCUGGCUCCCAAACCAUCAAACCAUACCCUGGCAUUAGGCUGACCAGAGGAAAGCCCUGUCUACAGCAACUACAAAUGCAAAGCAUAGAGGCUUAUACCUGUGUGCUUGGCCCACUGGUCCUGGCAGUGGAGACAGGCAUAGCAGCCAGGAAGCAGGAAACAGCU